CACUGCCCGCCUCUCCGCCGCCGCCGCCGCCUCCAAGCGCCCCCCGCUAGCUCCGGCGAAGCCGACCCCGCGCGCCGCAGGUAAGCAGGCAGGCAGGCAGCAUCAAGCAUGGCGGACACGAGGGCGGCGCCCGCGGUGACGCUCCGCACGCGCAAGUUCAUGACCAACCGCCUCCUCUCCCGGAAGCAGUUCGUGCUCGAGGUCCUCCACCCCGGCCGCGCCAACGUCUCCAAGGCGGACCUCAAGGACAAGCUGGCCAAGGUGUACGAGGUCAAGGACCCCAACUGCAUCUUCGUCUUCAAGUUCCGCACCCACUUCGGAGGCGGCAAGUCCACGGGGUUCGGCCUCAUCUACGACAACGUCGAGGCGGCCAAGAAGUUCGAGCCCAAGUACAGGCUCAUCAGGAAUGGUCUUGCUACCAAGGUGGAGAAGUCGCGCAAGCAGAUGAAGGAGAGGAAGAACAGGGCGAAGAAGAUCCGUGGUGUGAAGAAGACGAAGGCUGGGGAUGCCAAGAAGAAAUAAGCAAGAUUUCAUUGUACUCUAGCAAUCUUCAGUUUGAGCGCCCGCCUGUUCACCAUCAGAAUUUUGUACCCAUCAUCUUGUUGCUGAUGCCCCUCUGCGCAAUGCUUUAUCCACCAGUAGAAAGAGAAUUUUGAGCUGUUUCAUCGUCUCUUGUUACAUUUGAUUUGAGGCUCUCCCUCGUAUUUGACUUGGACUUGUGGGCUCUAUGAUUUUACAUGAGUUUAUGCGCGAACUGUCGUGGUUGUAGCUA